GGAUUCGAAUCUGGGAAAUAUAUACUUUUCCGAGAAACUUAAAUCCAAAAUGUAUUGCCGGGAAAAUUCUCUGAUUGUGGUUUUGUCUGUUGAUUUUCAAAAAUCAGGGUCUUAAAUAAAACUUACGGUUCAAAACGUGAUUUACAGAAAAACUUAAGGGUUCAAUUUGCAAUUUACUAAAUGUAAUCUAGACAAGGGGUAUAAUAGUAAUUUACUCGCGGUGGCUUUGUCUCCCCCUCCCUCUUCAUCAACAGUGUUUCUCGAUAAAUCUCGGAUUUACUCAUCUCCGAGCUCGAAUACGCUAUGACCAUAUUCUCAGUCCAGUCCACUCUCUUCACCCGAGCUUCCGUCGCCCUUCUCUCCAGCAACGGACUCAAACGCUUUUCUUUCGCUUCCUCGUUCUCCUCCAACGCUCUAUACUCUCCACCUCUCCCCAAAACGAAGAAGCGUCGCUUCCCAAUCGUCUCUGCCGUUGAUAUCGGCGGCGUCACAGUCGCUAGAAACGAUGAUGAUCCUACAAACAAUGUACCAGACUCCAUCUUCGAGUCCAAUUACGCUAAUUGUUACCACCAAGCAAAACUUUGAUCAUGUGCAAGUCCCUGGUGAUCAUGUAAACAGGAGCCUUAACGACACACACGUACUAUGUAGAUUCCUGAACUGUUUUGAGAUGUCAUACAAGUGCUCACCAAGCCGAGCUGUUGAGGAAAGUUCAUAGACGUUUACCGUAGAGAUUCUAUUGAUUCUACUCAUUAUCCGGUUUUCUAUCAGGUGUUCUAUUCUCUAGAUCCCUGUGUGUUUUUAUUUGACUUUGGCUGUUUUGGUCGACAUCCUCUGUUUCUUGUAUUAUAUGUUUAUAUU